AUGGUUCGCCUUAGUCUACUGACGCUUGCUGUCACGGCCCAGCUCGUACACGCUUGGUUGCCCAACGAUGGCUCGAGGAAGCUCUUGGAUACUCGUGGGUUCAGUCUUUUUGAUGGUCAAAAUACUACCGAUGAGUCGCAUGACACUGAAAAGCGUUGGACGCCUGCCACUGGCAAAAUCAGAGGAGUCAAUUUAGGAUCCUUGUUUGUCUUUGAGCCGUGGAUUGCACAUGUUGAGUGGAACAAUAUGGGCUGCGGCGGCCAGGAAUCCGAGUUCGACUGUGUCAUGAACAUCGGACAGGAAAAGGCAGAUGCAGCCUUCCAGAAGCACUGGAGCACAUGGAUCACUACCAGCGAUUUGGAUGAGAUGAUGGGCUAUGGCAUCAACACCAUCCGCAUUCCUGUCGGUUACUGGUUGGAUGAGUCUUUGGUUGACAAGAACUCUGAGCAUUUCCCGAGGGGAGCUAUACAAUAUUUGAUUCGACUUUGUGGAUGGGCCAGCGACCGUGGCUUUUAUAUCAUAUUAGAUCUUCACGGUGCCCCGGGUGCUCAAGUAGCCAGAAACUCCUUUACCGGCCAGUUUGCACCAAGUCCUGGUUUCUAUAAUGACUACCAGUAUGGUCGGGCCGUCAAGUUCCUCCAGUUCCUCAGACAUCUUGUUCAUGACCACAACGAACUACGUAAUGUCGGCAUGAUUGAGCUUGUGAACGAACCUCUCAACUGGAACUCGGCUGUUCAGUCCUUGCGCAGCACAUUCUACAAAAACGCCUACAACCAACAGGCCAUACGCCAGGUCGAGCAAGAAAUCGGCACCAGGCCCAACGACCAGCUCCACAUCCAGAUGAUGUCUUCGCUCUGGGGCUCCGGCAAUCCGGUUGAGUUCCUCGACAGCAAGUACUUUACCGCUUUUGAUGACCACAGAUACCUCAAGUGGGCCGACCAGAACCAGGUACCCUGGACACAUGCGAGCUAUAUCUCGACGUCAUGCAAAGACAACCGUAACGGCGACGCCUCCGGUCCCACCAUCGUCGGCGAAUGGAGCAUCAGCCCACCGGAUGCGAUCGAGAACACGGAUGGCUGGAACAGGGACACGCAAAAAGAGUUUUACAAGAAGUGGUUCGCUGCGCAGGUUUACUCCUACGAGAGGUCGACCGCAGGCUGGGUGUUCUGGACGUGGAAGUCCCAAUUAGGUGACUACCGGUGGUCUUAUAGAGAUGCUGUGAUUGCAGGAGUUAUACCGAGGGACUUGAAUGGGAUUGCCAGCUCUGGCGUUUGCAACUAG